GUCGGAGUUCGGUAACUACGCUGAGUUUCGCAAGGGAGACAGCGAUAAGUGUAAGGGAGACCGCAGUGCUUGUGGAGACACCUGCGAGCAAGAGGGCAAUACGGACGACAAGGAUGAAACAUUGCAUCAUAAUUUCUUCUUAACAGGUACAUAAGGCUGAAAAUAAAAAGGAUAGCGAGGAAUUGGAGAAAGAGAUGGAUGAUAUGGCAGUACAGGUGCGCGGUCUUGCUCUACGCGACAUCGGACAUAGAUCUACUAGACACGACACAGACGAAAAGACGAAGGACACGGGGGGCAAAGGCCUUGGCGUGGAGGUACCGGAGCGAUGUGGCAAAGCGCUCAGUCACGCGCUGAAGGGACUGUUAGCUCUCCAUCAUCUUACUAUUGACAAGUCUAAGGAAGAAGAACGGGAGCGUCUCAAACAGCAGAUCAUCAUCGAAGAACAGCAUCCUAAAAUGGCAAACCCCUACGAGCCUAUCAAGAUGGACUAUGAACCCAUAAACAAAAAGAAAGAGCCGCAGGAACAUACCUCUAGAAGUCGGCGACGGAAACGUGAUAAAAAGCAAACCAAAAAGUCUGGAAACUGUCUAAUCGAGACCAACUCUAACGUAGACAAGAAUGCCAUUUUGAUCAGAAAUAAGAUAUUGCAAUGGCAAGAGCCGAAUAGAGAUGAUAACUUCGCGUGGAAGAUGCACCUGAAGACAUUGCUUUACGAAAAAAUAUGUUUGGCUUACGCUACUUUAGCUGAGUACAGCUAUUCGCACGAGCAGUACGGCUUCUCGCUAAAAUACAUUGAUAUAGCCAGUAAAUGCCAGAAGCUGUUAAGCAGCAUGAUAUUGAAGAGUCGAGUGGUGGAUGCGUCCUGUCUUGUCGGGAGAGUGGGUGAUAACUUCAUCCAGAUUAGUAAACAUUGGGGUAAGCUGGAGCAAUUCAGGAAACAGUUUAACACAGACCAUGAGAUUGAUGCAGUGAUAAGAAUGGAGAUUGAGAACGAUUUGAGUGAAGAGGCUGACGGUGUCGUUACAGAUGAAUUUGAUUUGGAUAUAUCGCUGCCCACGAGCGAGACGGAGGCGAUGGUGUCGUCGUGCCACUACUACCGGCGAGCGAGCGAGGCGCGGCGGGACGGAGCGAGCAGGCGGGCUGAGCUACAGCGGCGUCUGGCGUCCGUGUGCAACGAGCUGGCUGUCAAGUACAUGAGCGAUGCACAGAGUGUAUACUCGAAGUUCUUCGCCGAGGAAGACGAGGGGAGUCCAAUGGCGCAGCAAUACCUGGCGCAGUUCACGGCCAUGUCGAAGAAGUCUUCGGAGCUGCUCGACGAAGCGACGGAGAUCUUCGAGAGGGUCAACGACCUGCCCAAUUUAGUGCUGCUUUACUGCAACAAGGCGCGGUAUAUGAGGUUCAAGGCCCACUGUGACCCGGACGGCUCGCUGGCCCCCAAGUCGAGCUUGUACCGUGAUGCAGAGGAGCUGUACUUGAAGUCUCUCCGAGUGCUGGGCUCGCGCGAGUGUUGCGGCGCGGCCUCUGUGUGGGACCUGGUGUGCUGGGAGCUCUCCUGUCACCUGUAUACCAAGGCCACCCUGCUGUACGAACACUCCAAGGAUCCAGCAGAAAUAAUGGAGUCUUUCAAGCAUGCGCUCAAGUACUGUCAGCUGAGCCCGGGGCCGAGGCAAUAUCUGUACCAGUUCCGUGCAGCCAUGAUCCACACUCGGCUAGGGUCGCUGUAUCAUGCGCAGUACAGGUCGUUGUCACCUGAUAACGACGGUGCCAAGCGGCGUGCCCUGAUGACCCUGGCGUGCACCAACUACGAGCGAUCCACGAUGAUGCUAGCGACCCUGGAGGAAGUAGCCCUGUUCCUGACGGCCAGGCUGGAGCAUGUCGCCGCGCUCGAGAUGGUUCCAGUCUCAUCAAACAUCAAACUGAAGUCGCUCCAAAACGCAGUAGAGUUACUCCGUCAAUGCCACUCCAUCAUGAAGGUGCUCAGAGACAAAGAGCCAGAUGAGAAAGAACAGGCGAAACCUGAAGACGAUCACAGCGUUACUGACGAACUCAGCCUGCUGAAACUGUACGAGACCAAACUCCACCUGAUGCUGAAGAGCAUAGUGCAGUACUGCAGGUGUUCGAAUACCAAAGACUACGAGAAAAUGGCGGAUUCGUAUAAGAGGUUGUAUUUAAUUAGUUUGAAGAUUAAGAAGAGCGAGGAUAUAAGAUCAUACGCGGCCAGUAUCUGUGACGUGCUGCAGGCUAUGGAUGAGGUUAGUUAAGAAUGUGAAAUUCAUCACCAGUGAGAGGCUUCUUUGCACAGGAAGCCGGCUAGAUUAUGGUUACCACAACGGCGCCUAUUUCUGCCGUGAAGCAGUAAUGUGUAAGCAUUACUGUGUUUCGGUUUGAAGGGCGCCGUAGCUAGUGACAUUACUGGGCAAAUGAGACUUAACAUCUUAUGUCUCAAGGUUACGAGCGCAAUAAUUGUAGUGCCUCUCUGAAUUUUUGGGUUUUUCAAGAAACCUGAGCGGCACUGCAUUGUAAUGGGGAGGGCGUAACGAUUACCACCACCUGAACAUCUUGCUCGUCUCGUCCCUUAUUUUCAUAAAUAAAUCUCAUUCACGGCCAAGCAAUUUUUUUAAUUUUACAUCAGCUGUGGGUUGUCUGUGAAAUGCCCUCGUCCUUAUUCUUCAAUGAUGUUAUUUCUGUCUGUUUAAUGAAUUUAUAUGGACGAUGACGAAAUCAAUCUCUUUUUUGUCGGUUAAAUAUAAGAGUUUUUUUUAAUCGUUUUGUAUUGAUGUAAACUGUGCCAUUUUAUGUCAACAAAAGCACGAUGCAGUAACAGAACAGAACUUUAUUUACAUACUAGAGCGCGCGAAUCGACGCACGCGCACAUACACACAAUUUACUCGACCGCUAAGCAAUCUUGGAAAGACAAAACUAUUGAGUGCGGCGCCGUGACGUCAUCAAUAUUUUUGUAGCACUCCGCUCAGACGUAGGUAUAAAUUUGAAGGAGGCCGCUACUGUUCUAUAACUUGUAUUGUGACUAAUAUUAUUUUGUUUUCACGUAGGCAUCUACAUCUAACGUAAACAUUGAAGUCACCCCCGAUGUAUUGCAGUGACGUAUCCUUUGACAUGUUCGUUCUUGUCUGUUUGCAUACAUUUGUUUUAAAUUGUCGACUUACGUAUAAUAUAAUCUUAAAUCAUAUAUACGUCUAGAUAGACCAUGACAGCUGUGAAAAUUUAAUAAAAAUUAUACCAUAGAACUAACCUCUAUUUUGAGCAAUGUACGCACACUAACACAAAGUGUGAUACAAAUCGCGAGUGUAAGAUGUAACUUGUCACGCAUACACAACUAAUAUUCCUGGCCUGUUUCCAUCGGUUGUCUUACAGCAAAAGACUAUCGAGACGUAUUAUCUAAGGUAAUAAUAAUAUAAUCUAUGAUAAAGUGUGUUCUUACCGUUUACAUAACUGUUCAUUAAGGAUAACGUCUUCGAUAUGCCUUUAAUAAAAACCUUUAUCUACACCCAUGCUUUAAUCCUCUAUUAAAGAUUCUAAAACAGUAAGCUAAUUGCCAAAAUUAAAACACCCAAUGUUCUAAUAACCAUUACAUCAUCCAAACGAGUGUUGUAAUGAAAUUCAGUACAACAUUACAACACUCGUUUGGGUGAUGUAAUGGUUACUAGGACAGGCUUUUUUAAUGUUAGCAGUAAGCUAACUGUUUCAGAAUCUUUUAUAAAGGAUUCAUAUUAUGGGUAUAGAUAAGGUCUUGUAUGCAACUGUUGAUAAUUAGGUAUUAUAAUACUCAUGUGAUACUAUUAUAAACACACAUUCGUGUUUUAUUACCCCUUAUUACACAACAGUUGCAUAAAUAACUAUAAUCUCAUUGUGCCUUAGAACCUAAUUUAUGACAAUCUCAUGACUUUCGCGAAGAUUCGACGUGAAUUUAUAAAAAAAAAUAUAUAUAUCGUGUAUGUAUUGGAAACUUAACUUACAUAUCGGCUAAAAAAUAUUUUAUUAUUAUGUCAUAUUAAAUAGGUAAAGAAUAUGUGAAAUAAGUGUUUUUAUAAAUUUUUACCAACAUUGAAGAGAACAUAUUUUUUUUUUAAUGAAAUAAUGGCUUGAACCCUUUUCCUUUUCCACGUAAAAUAAGCGUACAGGUAACGUCGAAAUGCGAAAAAUAUUUAUGCUAUCAAAUUUAGCAUGAUCGACUAUAAUAUAUAUAAGAAUAAUAUUUGCAAGAUGAUGAAUAAACAAAAUAAAUUAACAUUUGACCGUAGAUUAAGGUUGGGUUUCCGCUGCGCUCCAACUAGAUACCGCACUACCUGAGGACAAUAGCUUUUUUAUUACGGCAACUAUUAGAUGCUUGUGUGCGAAGUAUCUUUCAAAUUUUGUUACAUACGCUUCGUGUUAUUUUACAUUGAAAUUAAUAAAAUACAAAAUACUGAUGAUACGUAUCUGAUCCCAGUGUCUUUCUUAUUUCUUGUAGUAUUAUUAUUUUUACAAAGUGUUACUACGGAACCCGGCAUUUUAGUUUCAACUAUUAGCAAAGUUUAACAGAACAUUUGGAACGUCAACGUCACACGUUGUCCGAGACUGGCUCGAUUACGUCUACUUGGGCGUAGUAUUCGUUGCCGCACUUUGCGACUACGCCUGCGUUUGCCUGUAUCUAGUUGGAGCGCAGCGGAGACCAAUCCUUAAUCUAAGUCGGUAAUAUAAAUCACAAAAUUUCACAGCGUCUCUGUCAACCUAUCUAAAUGUGUUCAAUCACACCGCUGAAGAUUUUACGGCCACAACUUACCUGUCACUGUUAAACCUUAAAGGCUUAGUUCUUAACAGUAUUUCUAUUUGCGAAGGAAUAUUUAUGGCACCUAUAGUUGUUAUCUCAGUGUACUCUGUAAAGCAAUAUAGUGAUAAUAGAUGUAGAUAUUAUAUUGUCUAUAAAACAUGUCUGAUAUUAAAUAUAUUUGUAUUUAUUUAAA